AUGCUGACUUGUUGCUUUGGCAGAUCGUCAAGAUGGUCUGGGGCGUCAACGGGUGCGUCUUUUGGCGUCGGCUUCGGGGAUCAUGAUGAGCUCCCUUUGCGUCGGGAGCGGUCUCCUUUCACCGGGGGGAGUUCUACUUAUUGGUACAUCCACAUGAGAUUACGAACGAGUUACUUACAGUUCUUCGUGGAGUUGCCGCAGUUUCCAUGGAGACGACAGAAUGCGUCGGGGUCAUCGUCUUCAUCGGGAAGGGCAGCGUUCGGAGAUGUCGAGACCAUCACGGCAAGCUGCAAUCCUCGCUCGGCAUCGUUAGCUACUGCGAACGCGGUGAGUAGGUAUUUCUUGGUGUCGGGUCUCCUUCGGGUCUCCAUUGCGUCCUCCUUAGGUCUUGACGAGAGUGUCUUCCUACCACCUUGCUUCUCGGCAUAG